UGCCCGCCACCCGCUGACCUUCCGGUCGGCGCGAGCUCCGCCGGGGCGGCGGCGGCGACGGCGGCAGCAGCGCCGCCGCCGCGCCCGCCGGCUCGCAGGUCGGGCCAGAACGCGCUCAUUCGCUGCUACGUUCGCCGCCAGAUAGUGUCGAGCGGCUUGGGGGGCCGGCUGCACCGCUUCUCGCUGUUCCAGGGCGCGGAUUAUUGCAAGCCUGACGCGGGCCGCUUCCUGUUGGGCGCCCGCCAGGAGAGCAAGCAGCGGUACAGCCUUCACCUGGACAAGGCGAUGGAUGGGCGCCCGAUGGCGAUGCUGGGGACCAACAUGAUGAGGACGGCGUACAGCCUCUCGCCAGAUGGCGCGGGGUGGCUGAUGGCGCCCCUGGCGCUGGCAGGGCCGGCCGGCGGCGGGCGCGAGGCGGGUGCCGCGCGGCGGCCAGGAGAUCGGGACCAGUGCCGCAGCGAGCGCGGGGACGCGGCCGCCGACGCGGUCGGUCGGGGGCCCUGGGUGGGGGCCCGGGCGGCGGCGCCGCUGGUGCGCGUGCUGUAUAAGGUCCGUGUCCGCGGCAUGAUGCUGCCGCGCCGCAUGACGGUGGAGGUGCCCCAACCCCAUGAUGCGCAGCGUGAGCAGCAGCAGCAGCAGCAGCAGCAGGAUCAGCAGCAGCGGCAGCAGCAGCAGCAGCAGCAAGGCUCGAGGCGCCCCGCCGAGCCCGACCCGGCGCUCGCCACGGAGCGCGGCAUUCCUUCGGCGUGGCCCCCGCCGCCGCCGCCCGCCGUGGGCGUGCCGCUCCGCCUGGCGCGCGCGGCGACGCUCUCGGGGGACCUGGACGUUCCCGUGCCACUGGCUGCCGCGGGCGACGAGGGGCGCGCCGCCUCGUUGGACGCCGCCCCGGCGUGGCGCCCGCGCCGCGGCGGCGGCGGCAGCAGCAGCGAGGACGGCGAAGGGGAGGAGGGUGGCCGCGACGAUGUGCGGCGCGGCGGCGACCAGGCGGGGCGCCGCGGCGGCGGCCGCAAGCCGCCGAGGGCGCUGCGGCAGCUGGAAGAGCAGCAGCAGCAGCAGCAGCUGCAACAGCUCUCACAGCAGCACCAAGUACAGCAGCAGCAAGCCCAGCAGCAGCAGCAGCAGCAGCAGCAGCAACAGCAGCAGCAGCCGCCGCCGCUGGUGUUGGUCAACAAGCCGCCCCACUGGAACGAGGCGCUGCGCUGCUGGUGCCUCAACUUCCGCGGCCGAGUCAAACUCGCCAGCGUCAAAAACUUCCAGCUCGUGCCGGCGCCGGCCCCCACGCCCGCCACCGCCGCCCCCUGCCCGCCGCCCGGCCCCCAAGCUCCCCAGCUGCCCGGCGCCGGCGCCGCGGGCGGCGGCGGGGCGAGCGGGGGCGGCGUCGUGAUGCAGUUCGGCAAGGUGGACGCUGACGUGUACAUUCUUGACUACAACCCCUGCGUCCUGACGGCGGCGCAGGCGUUUGCCGUCGCGCUCACGACGUUCGAGGCCAAGGUGCUGCUGUGA